AUGCUCACCCUUCUGAUCGCCUCCCUCAUCCUCGGGGCCACCACCGCCCUCUCCCUCCCCCGACAGGCCGACCCCAUCGAAGAAGAAGGCUGCACCCGCGCCCUCCUCACCCGCUACACAGAAUCCUACCUCUCUGCCCAAAGCAUCGGCGACCCCUCCAUCCUCUCCCCCUCCCCAGAAGUCUCCUACACCGAAGACUUCCGCGCCAUCUCCAUCCGCGACUCGGUGCUCAACACCCCCUUCCGCAUCGCCCACAACCGCUCCCUGCUCGACACGACCCAAUGCGCGACCUACACCGAGAUCAUCGUCACCGACCCCGCCAAUCCCCGUGUGAUUGGCACCCAGAUCAGACUUGACGCCACGGGGGAGAACAUCGUCAAGAUCGAGACGUUGGUCACCAAGGAGGGCGACUGGGCGUUUAACGCGUCGCUGACGUAUCAAUACGCGGCGAGGGAGACGGAGAAUAACUGGUGGUUUACCAUUCCUGAAGCGGACCGCGACACUAGGGAAACGAUCCAGGCUGCGGCGGAUGCGUAUUUGGAUUUGUUCAAUGACCCUACUGUUGUUGUGCCUUGGGGUACGCCGUGCAACAGGUUGGAGGGAAGCUGGUACACGGGCAAUGGGAGCGCCACGGACAGCUGCAAUGUGGGGGUUCCGUCUGGGGUGCCGAUCACGCAGAGGAGGUAUGUGAUUGAUGAGACGGUCGGGACGGUGGACGCGUUUGUGCUGUUUGGGACGCGGCCGGAUAGCCAUGAGUUUCGGGUUGAGAAGGGGAAGUUGAGGCUGGUGCAUACUUUGACUGUGAUGAGGAAUGGGACUUUUGUCUGA